AUGGCGAAGGGAAAUUAUACUGGGAUUAAACGGGUGUAUGAACGAUCGUACGGCGGAUUCCUGUCGACUUUUAGUUUGGGCGGAGCUGCACCUUUGACCGAGGAAAUUGUGAGCGAACUUGGCGAAACAUGGCAAACGUUGAACAUUGCGGUAAAACCCUACGCUUGUAUGGCUGGACUGCAUUCAACAAUUGACUGUUUUAAUGAACUACAAUUGAAAGUUAACCCGACAAAUAUUCAAUCAGUGUCGAUCGAACUGGGCAAAGGGGCUUUCGACCACGGCGGAUGGGAACCUGAAUAUCCAUUUACGGUCACCGGUGCUCAGAUGAAUGUCCGGUUCAUUGCAGCCACGUGCAUUCUCGACGGACACAUCGAUCCUCGUCGUUUUUCACCUCAACUAAUCAAUCGGCAGGAAAUUUGGGAUUUAAUUUCAAAGAUAAACGUUCUACAUCAGCCAGACUUUGAUAAAGACAAGAACAGUUAUCUGACUUCUAGGGUCAAAGUGGUUAUGAACGAUGAACAGAAGGUGGAGACAGAAGUUGAUAAGCCGACCGGUGUUAAACAGGCGUUAACAAAUGUCCAGAUAAGGGAAAAGUUUCGCAAACUAACAAAAGAUAUUAUUAGUGAGGAAAGACAGCAGAGUAUAGAAGAAGCAGUACUCAGCCUUGAUAGCAGUAGUGAUUUGUCUACACUUUUGAAUUUAUUGAAGCCAACGGUUAAAAAUAUUUUGAGUUAA